AUGGUUCCAAAAGAAGCAGAAGGGUCGACAAUGAGAGAAGGUAAAUUAUCAAAAACAGAACCCAACAACGAGUUGUUUAAAGCUAUUGAGGAACAGAGAUGGCAUGACCUAGAAUCCAUGAUAAGAAAAGACAAUAACGUGAUCGCAGAGGCAAGAAACAGCGAUGGCAACACUGUACUUCAUAUAAUGGUUGGGAUAGGUUUCAAUUAUUUUGUCAAUGAGAUGUUAUCACUAAUCAAAGAUGCAAAAUUAUUACUUGAAAUGAAAAAUCAAGAUGGUAGCACAGCCCUUCACAUUGCUGCAAUCGUUGGCAAUAAACCUGCAGCAGAGCUCUUACUUAAGAAAAACAGAGAUUUGUUGGAAACAAAAGACAAUAAAAAGGAAACACCUUUUCAUAAAGCUUUUGAAAAUAUGCAUCUUUCUACUAUUGAAUGCUUGUUGAAAGCAGCCAAUGAUGAUGGGAAAACCAAGGGAACGCCUAUCAAUGUAGAUAGAAGAAAAGACGUCAACCUUCUUGUUAAUGCCAUUUCUGCAAAGAAGUAUGAUUUAGCAAAGGAGUUAGUCAAAAACAAUCUUGAAUUUGCUGUAGAAGACGAUGAUGUACUGAUGGCAAUAUCUAAGACCUUUCCAAAUGGGCUAAACUUUUGGGAAACAUUCAUAUAUCCAAUUUCACGCAUUGAGAAUAUCGAGAAGAAAAACAAGGAACCCCAAGAAGCAAAAGAAGUUCUAAUAAUGGUAUGUAAAGAAAUACAAAACAAGAAGUUGGAGUCCCGUGAUGCUUAUUCUCGCUAUUACACCAAACCAUUUCUGGAAGCCGCACGUCAAAACGCUUAUCAGGUUGUUGAUGAGAUUUUAAAGAGAUGUCCUGAAGCAAUUCGGUAUACAGAUAAAAGCGGGUAUGACAUCAUACAGUUAUCUGUAAUACACCGUUCAGAAAAGAUCUAUGAGCUUAUCUAUGAACUUGGGAGAGCUAGUAAUGUCUACAAAAUGAUGGAAGAUUCUUCUAAGAACAAUCUGUUACACUUGGUGGGAAGAUUAGCUCCUUGGCAUAAACUAAAGCUGCGCACUGGUGCAACAUUACAACUACAAAGAGAGCUUCAAUGGCGUGAGGAAGUGAAGAAGAUGGUAUCUCCGGCAUACCAUACUAAAGAAAACAUUUUUAAUGAGACACCGGAUAUGGUAUUCACAAACGAACACAAAAACUUGGUGUUGGAAGCAGAAACGUGCAUGAAAACCAUAGCAGAAUCAUGCAGCAUUACUGCAGGGCUGAUUACCACAAUUGUAUUUGCGGCAGCAAUUACAGUACCAGGUGGAAACCAUCAAGAUGAUGGCUUCCCUCUGUUUGCAGGACAGAUUCCCUUCACGAUCUUUGGUAUAUCGGUUGCAAUCUCACUAUUUGCAUCGACUACAGCAUUACUAAUGUUCCAGUCCAUCCUCACUGGCCGUUUUUUUGAGGAAGAUUUUCUAGACAGUUUGCCAACACGAUUGAUUUUUGGUCUUUGCUCCUUAAUGAUAUCAACAACUGCCAUGAUCGUGGCCUUCAGCACGACCUUGUUCCUUGUAUUUUGUCAUAAAAAGCUAUGGAUGCUUGCUCCGAUAGGUGUAUUAGCCUUCCUCCCGAUUUCAUCUUUUCUCAUUGUUCAAAUCCAACUGACGGUAGAUCUAUUGUGGUCAACAUAUAGGCAGAUCGGGUAUAUCUUUGAAAAGUAUAACCUUGGAAACAGCAUUACAUAUAAUCCAAAUGACGUCAGUCUGUUUUUCAAACAGUGA